AUGGAGAAGCAAGCUGGGAUAGCACUCGAGACACUGAACUGGCUCACCCCCAGCACCGACCCUCAGCUCUCCCCCAGCACCGACCCUCAGCUCUCCCCCAGCACCGACCCUCAGCUCUCCCCCAGCACCGACCCUCAGCUCUCCCCCAGCACCGACCCUCAGCUCUCCCCCAGCACCGACCCUCAGCUCUCCCCCAGCACCGACCCUCAGCUCUCCCCCAGCACCGACCCUCAGCUCUCCCCCAGCACCGACCCUCAGCUCUCCCCCAGCACCGACCCUCAGCUCUCCCCCAGCACCGACCCUCAGCUCUCCCCCAGCACCGACCCUCAGCUCUCCCCCAGCACCGACCCUCAGCUCUCCCCCAGCACCGACCCUCAGCUCUCCCCCAGCACCGAGCCCUCAGCUCACCCCCAGCACCGACCCUCAGCUCUCCCCCAGCACCGACCCUCAGCUCUCCCCCAGCACCGACCCUCAGCUCUCCCCCAGCACCGACCCUCAGCUCUCCCCCAGCACCGACCCUCAGCUCUCCCCCAGCACCGAGCCCUCAGCUCUCCCCCAGCACCGAGCCCUCAGCUCUCCCCCAGCACCGACCCUCAGCUCUCCCCCAGCACCGACCCUCAGCUCUCCCCCAGCACCGACCCUCAGCUCUCCCCAGCACCGACCCUCAGCUCUCCCCCAGCACCGACCCUCAGCUCUCCCCCAGCACCGACCCUCAGCUCUCCCCCAGCACCGACCCUCAGCUCUCCCCCAGCACCGACCCUCAGCUCUCCCCCAGCACCGACCCUCAGCUCUCCCCCAGCACCGACCCUCAGCUCUCCCCCAGCACCAACCCUCAGCUCUCCCCCAGCACCGACCCUCAGCUCUCCCCCAGCACCGACCCUCAGCUCUCCCCCAGCACCGACCCUCAGCUCUCCCCCAGCACCGACCCUCAGCUCUCCCCCAGCACCGACCCUCAGCUCUCCCCCAGCACCGACCCUCAGCUCUCCCCCAGCACCGACCCUCAGCUCUCCCCCAGCACCGAGCCCUCAGCUCUUCCCCAGCACCGACCCUCAGACAGGCUGUGAUAAGUCCUGGAGCCAACUACACUAUAUUUUGUGA